CCCCACCACACGCCCGCCCGCCCGCGCCCCGCACGCUAGCCCACGACCGAGCGGCGGCGGCAGCAGCAGGCUGCAGGCGGCGGCGACUCGCACCGGCGUGCUCCUGGCAGCGCUCGCCAUCCCAGCUCGCGGGAAGGGAGGUCGCGGCAGCGGCCUGGCGGCACCGGCGACCGUGGCGACAGCGGCAACAGUGGCGGCGGCGGUGGCGGCAGCGGCGGCGGCGGCGGCGGAGGCUGCGGCGGCGACCGUGGCGGAGGCGGUGGCAGAGGCCUCCGUGGCAGAGGCGGAAGCAGAGGUGGAGGCUGAAGUGGAGGCCGAGGCCUCAGUAGAGGAGGCAGUGGCGGAGGCCAACCUGCGGGAGGCAGCGGCCUCCCUGGCAGGGGAGGAGGCGGAGGCCGCCCUGGCGGCCGCGGCCGCGGCUGUGGCCGAGGCCAGCGCAGCCGAAGCAGGCUCUGCAGCAGAGGUUGCGGCGCCCCCCUUGGGGGAGGGGGAGGCGGAUGCGGAUGCGGAUGCGGAUGUAGGGGUGGCGGCGGCUGCAGAUGCAGAUGCGGAGACGGGCGGGGGCUCCGAGGGGAACCCAGACUUUCCUAUGGCCUCACUGUACGUGGGCGACCUGCACCCUGAGGUGACAGAGGCAAUGCUGUACGAGAAGUUCAGCCCGGCCGGGCCCAUCCUCUCCAUCCGCAUCUGCAGGGACAAGAUUACCCGCCGCUCGCUGGGCUACGCGUAUGUCAACUACCAGCAACCAGUGGACGCCAAGCGGGCCCUGGAGACCCUGAACUUCGAUGUCAUCAAGGGCAGGCCAGUGCGCAUCAUGUGGUCGCAGCGGGACCCAUCGCUCCGCAAGAGCGGGGUGGGCAACGUCUUCAUCAAGAACCUGGGCAAGACCAUCGACAACAAGGCGCUGUACAACAUCUUCUCGGCGUUUGGCAACAUCCUCUCCUGCAAAGUGGCCUGCGACGAAAAGGGGCCCAAGGGCUACGGGUUUGUGCACUUCCAGAAACAGGAAUCAGCCGAGCGGGCCAUCGACGCGAUGAAUGGAAUGUUCCUGAACUACCGCAAAAUUUUCGUUGGGAGGUUCAAAUCGCACAAAGAACGAGAGGCGGAAAGGGGAGCCUGGGCCAGGCAGUCCACCAGUGCUGACGUCAAGGAUUUCGAGGAAGACACUGACGAGGAGGCCACCUUGCGAUGAAGACAUCUCGGGAGCGGGCCAGCCAGCAGAGCCAACCCUUGGCUCCCACCCGGUUUACAACCCUCCCUUUGACCCCUUAACCCACCAGCAGUGUAUUGUAUUGGGAGUGCAGGUCUCUCUCUCUGUCUCCCCACCCCUUUCCUCUCUCUCUCUCUUCCAGUCUCCACCCCUCCCUCUUUCUCUUCUC